CAUAAAAACGUUUCCUUUUGCACAGAACCACUUAAGGCGAAUUUAGCAGUCAGCUUGCUGUUUGGGGAUACUUUGACAUUGCACAAAUUACAAAGACUCUGCUAGCUGCACGCCUCCAGCUAUGGACAAAAACGUUAAUUUGCUUUUCCUUAUCCUGCUGCACACCGCAAUUGAGAACACCGAGGGAUGUUAUUGUGACCAUUAUCCAUGGGCUGCCUGGUCCAGCUGUUCAAAGACUUGCAAUUCUGGGACUCAAAGCAGGCAGAGGCAAAUUGUGAUGGAUGAAUACUACAGGAAAAACUUCUGUGGCCAGCUUUGUACUACACAGGAAUCCAAGUCCUGCAACCAGCAGAUGUGUCCUAUCAACUGUGAGCUUGGAGACUUUGGUCCCUGGUCAGAAUGUGACCCAUGUGUUAGAAAACAAUUUCGUGUCAGAACUCUGACCCGGCCCUCUCAGUUUGGAGGGCAGCCCUGCAGGGAGCAGCUGGUAGAUGACCGGAGGUGCUACCCGACCAAAGUUUGCAACAUAGAAGAAGUAAAUUGUGAGAAUAAAUUCCACUGUGAAAAUGGUCGCUGCCUCAGUCGAAGCUUGGAAUGCAAUGGAGAAAAUGACUGUGGGGACAAUUCGGAUGAAAGGAACUGUGGGCGCAUACGAACCGUGUGCAACAGAAGACAUGAGAACAUUCCUGGUGUACAAUUAAUGGGCCAUGGAUUUCAUCUCCUUGCAGGAGAGAGCAGAGGAGAAGUCCUUGGGAAUUCAUUCAAUGGAGGCAAAUGCAUACUGGUCAAAAGCAAUGAUACAAGGAAAACAUUUCGUGUUCCUGCAAACUUGGAGGCUGUCAGCUUUCAGAUAGAGAAUGAUGAAGAUUAUGUAGAAUCUGAUUUCUACAGUGAUUUGAUUCCCCUGCACUCCACUUCCUCUCAAGCCAGUUCUUCCUCUAGCUCUGGCAGAAGUUCUUCUGGAAUCCCAUUGCUGUUUUCGAAAAAGAAAAAAGUAAAGAUCACCUCUUCAUCCUCCUUCAAGGAAGCUAUCCAGGCGUCCUACAAAAAGAACUCCAACUUUAUUAGGAUCCAUAAGGUGGUUGCAGUGUCCAACUUCACAGUAAAGCCGUCUGACUUGCAGCUCUCUGGCGUAUUCUUAAAGGCCCUCAACAGCCUGCCUCUGGAGUACAACUAUGCCCUCUACAGCCGGAUAUUUGAUGACUUUGGAACUCAUUACUACACCUCUGGGUCAAUGGGAGGCACAUAUGACCUUCUCUAUCAAUACAGUGCUGAGGAAUUGAAAAACUCAGGUUUAACAGAGCAAGAAGUAAAUGAGUGUGUUCGGACAGAAACGACUAGACGGGUCUUUUUCAGAAAGAAAAAGAAAGUACAUAUAAAAUGCACAAACAAUAAAAUGACCGAGCAACAUGAAGGUUCAAUUUUGCAGUCCUCUGAAAAGUCUAUUUCAUUAGUAAAAGGUGGGAGGUCACAGUACGCCGCAGCUCUUGCCUGGGAAAAAACAGGGUCUUUUCCAGAACAUACUGUGUACACUAAUUGGCUGGAAUCAACCAAGGACAAUCCGAUAGUUGUUGACUUUGAGUUGGCUUCCAUUUUGGAUUUGGUGAAGAACUUCCCUUGCGCAGUGACAAAGCGUCGUAACCUCAGGAGAGCUCUAAUUGAAUACAUGGAAAGAUUUGAUCCAUGUCGUUGUGCUCCGUGUCCUAAUAAUGGCAGGCCUGUGCUGUCUGGGACUGAAUGCCUCUGUGUGUGCCAGGCUGGAACCUAUGGAGAUAACUGUGAGAUACGUGCACCUGAUUACAAAUCCGUUGCUGUGGAUGGUUACUGGAGCUGCUGGUCUGCAUGGAGUCCCUGCGAUGCUUCUCAUAAGAGACGUCGGAGUCGAGUGUGUAACAAUCCUUCUCCGCUAAACGGAGGUAAACCAUGUGAAGGCGAACAGCAGCAAGAGGAAGAGUGCUACGUUUCAAUAUUUGCUGAUAGGGGAGCCUUGUGUAUAAAUGACAAUGAAGCCAAAAGGGAGAGUGACAUUUUUGUUGGCCAGCCUGAAUUGGGAUGCCUUAAACCAGACCCACCGGAACAUGGAUUCAUCAGAAACGAAAAGAGCCAUUAUGCUGUUGGAGAAGAUGCUGAAGUUGUGUGUUUAAGCGGGUACAACCUGGUUGGCUAUCAAUUCCUUCGCUGCCUGCCAGACCAAACAUGGGCACAGCAGCUUCUCGAAUGCCAACCAUCUGCCUGUCCCAGACCAUCAGUAUCUCACCAGGUCUCCAUCUCCCCAUUUAAAAGCGAGUACCAGAUUGGGGAAACCAUCCAGCUAACGUGUCCUACUGCCUUUGUCCUAACUGGCCACACACAAUAUGCUUGUAGGAAAGACUUAUCCUGGUCACCUCCUAUUCUGAGACCCCUCACCUGCAGGAGAGAUGAACAGACUAGAAUUCAAGGCAAUUGUAGUCCCGGCCAAAAACAGGUUGGAUCACAGUGUGUGUGUGCAUCCCCAACGGAGGAUUGUGGGCACUACUCGGAAGAGCUGUGUGUGCUGGAUUCAGCUUCACAACUGGCCCUUACGAAGUCCAGCUGUCAGUACUUGGCAGAGAAGUGCUUGGGCGACCUUUCAUUCCACUUCCUGCAUUCCGGCCCCUGCCCCAGUGACUCUGACUUGAGCUGGGCUGUAGAAAGGGCCAGAAUCUCUAUGCGUAGCACGAAGAGGGAGACCUGUGGCUAUGACACAUGCUACGACUGGGAAAAAUGCUCAGAAUCACAUGCUGAGUGCUUAUGCUUGCUACCUUACCAGUGCCCCCGAGGUGGAGGGAAUCUUUUCUGUGUUCGGGUCGGAUCGAGAAAGGUGACAGCCAAUCUUUGUAUGCUGGGAGCACUGAAGUGCUCAAAUGGGAACAAUGAAGUACUGAACGAGGGAGGCUGUUUGGACUGAAAGCUGUUGGGAUUUGCAGCCUAUCCAGAAUGGUGCUGAUUCAGGGGCUUAACUGGCUGACCCAGCACUUCCUAUCUCCAAGGUUUCAACAUGUGCGGGGUUCAGAUCCAUGCCAAACCCCUUAUUUUCUUUCAAAAAUGUGACUGUGUGCCUCUGAGUAUGUGUGGAGUGCCUUUACUUUGAAUAGAACCAGCUUCUAUUCCAUCUAAACGGAACAGACAGUGCCUCUGAGCAUGAGCAAAAUGCCCCAUGGGUAUUUUUUAAAAAAUUAAAUUCAUUUUUUUAAUUCACAAAGUGAAGAAAUAACAAAAAUGCAUACCAUACACAGUAAAGCUGCUGUCAGAAUCUUAGCACCUCAGUCAGCUGACAUGGGCUGUCAUAGAACUAGAGGAAACCCUGCCUUCUGUAUGACUGACCUUUUCCUGUUAUGGACAGCAAAAAGGACGCAGCUUUUUGGCAAAGCCAGUGCUUUGUGUGUGGCAGGAGGUCCCACGGCUGGUCCCCAGCAUCUUUGGCUAAAAGGAUCUUGGAUAAGGAAAACUUCUGCCUGAUCAUGCUGAUAUACUGGUUAGAAGGACCUGUGGUCUGACUUGAUAAAAGGAAGCUUCAUAGAGUAACAAAAGUGUGAUCAUGUUCAAGGACACUCCUGUGCUGCUGGCUGAGCCCUUGCUACAGCACCCAACUAGGAUUGUAGAAGGUUGCAGCCCAGAAGGUUGCUGCAGCACCCAACUAGGAUUGUAGAAGGUUGCAGCCCAGAAGGUUGCUGCAGCACCCAACUAGGAUUGUAGAAGGUUGCAGCCCAAGUGUGUCCUGUAGGUACAAGCUCCUCCCUGCUUUGGAGAACUGACUGGCUACCAAAAGGAGGGCCAGAAGUGUCUGGCUUUUUAAAACAGGAUGGCCCUUGAGAAUCAUGACUUUAAUCAGAAUUUAACCCUAUGUUUUCAAGCAAGGUACAUUUUAUAUAUGGCAUCAACUGGAAGAUGCUUUAAAGUCCUCUUUCAUAAGAUUGUAUAUGUUAUUCCAAGGAUUUUUUUGAAAAACAACAGUUGUCCAAUCUACUUUUCUGAGCAACAUGUGCUCAGUAUCUAUCCAUACUGUAACCUAGAGUCAGCUUGGCUUAAAUGUCUGAAAGCCAAGUUUCUGUUCUGUUAAAACUUAACUAAUACAAAUAAACCUCUGGUCAGAAAGCUGAAA